AUGAAUAAUUCGGAGGACAGCGGAAGCAAGUGCUCGCCUGCCCCCAUUUCAAGCUUCACGAUCCAGUCCAUUCUGGGCACCUCCAAUGAGGGAGUCCGGUCGGCUGGAAAGGACAUCCCCAAAUCGCAGCCGAGGAAGCGGACGUUGUCCGUGUCAUCGGAGGACGACUGCAGCGCCGGAGAGGACUCGGGCGACUGCUAUUGCUCUGAGCCCGGUGUACCAGAGUCCUGCAACCCGCACCAGCCUCUGAACUUCUGCCUCGGUGCCACAAAGGGACUUCUACCUGUGCAGGAUGGGAUCGACCGCCGGCCGCAUUUGACACCGACCAUACUACCGGAUUACAAAGAGGAGCAGGAGCGAGCGUGUAGCCAAAUGUCUCCAGUUUCUGAAGAGAGACAACGUGAUGGCCCGGACAAACAGAGCAGCUCCGCCAAGAAGAAGACGCGCACCGUCUUCUCUCGGAGUCAGGUUUAUCAGCUCGAGUCCACGUUCGAUAUGAAACGCUAUUUGAGCAGCUCCGAGAGAGCCUGUCUCGCUUCCAGCCUGCAGUUAACGGAGACACAAGUGAAAACAUGGUUUCAGAACCGGCGGAACAAAUGGAAACGUCAGCUCUCAGCGGAACUGGAAGCUGCGAACAUGGCGCACGCAUCGGCGCAGACUUUGGUUGGGAUGCCUCUCGUUUUCAGAGAAAAUUCGUUGCUCCGAGUGCCGGUUCCGAGGUCCAUCGCUUUUCCUACCCCACUGUAUUACCCUGGAAGUAAUUUACCAGCUUUACCAUUAUACAAUCUUUACAAUAAGAUUGAAUAUUAACUUUUGCGCACAACGAAAAUUCCUUGCUAAAGGAUGACACAUUAUUACUCACUAAAACGUACAAAAUACACAUUUAACUAUGUUUGACAAAAUUCGUGUCUAUUUAUACCUCUUUAUUUGGUGAAAAAAUAUAUUUCUUAUUAUGCUGCAAUUAAACGAGUGUAAAACACAAAAGCAACACGGUUCUGUAUAUGUCCUAUAAAAUACACCAUGUGUAUAAUGAUUAUUUUGUACUAUUAUUUACAUUUCUGUCCCCCCGAUUAACCAGUUUUACACAUUAUAAGGAGUGAAAACAUUGAAAUAAAAG